AUGAAGCUCCUCAAGAGGCAGUGGGCUCAGCUCCUAGUCUCUUGUCAGCUAUCUCUGCUCAUUUCGGGAGACGUCUGGGGCGCAAGCAUCUCUACGCCCACCCUCGCUACAUCAGUAGGGCCAGUGCAAGUCUUGCAGAGCAAUGAUCUUUCCGCUUCGACCCAGGCAGCCGGUGCGCUUGCUCUCUUAUCGCUCGACACGUACCAGCAGGGCGCCACUAAGUGUGCCUCGCUCGCCGAAGGUGCUCUCCCCGUGCAGCUGCUCAGCAGCUCCGACCUCAUCGCUCUACAGACCAACCUUGCUUAUUUGAUAAGCCAAAAAUUGCUGGGCAAUGCAAGCUUCUGGGUCGACAGUCCCGGUGGAUCGUGCACGGCGAUAAACGGUAGCACCGCCCAACUGUCUACUGUGGCUUGUACCAGCACGCUGUACACGCUCUGUACCUCCACGGCGCCAAUGACCACAGAUGCAAGUGGGCAACCGGACGAUAAGUAUUCUAUAGAAGUACAAACCCAGGAUGGUUGGCAGCUUACCGGGACGCGUGAUGCACGCUCCUUCCGUUUUCUUGGCAUUCCGUACGCCGAUGCUCCUGUGGGGAAUCUGCGCUUUUCCCCUCCGCAAGCGUACUCUGGAAGCAAGAGCCUUGGUGUUCGUACCAAAAGAGAUGCCUGUCCCCAGCCUUUGACUGCUGCAGGUUCCAGCACGGGCAAUGACAUCAGCGAAGACUGUCUCUUCCUUAACAUUUUCACUCCUUUCCUCCCUGCAGCUGAUAACGGCUCGCUGCCGUUGAAGCCUGUCGGCUUCUUCAUUUAUGGCGGUCGAUAUUACACCGGAAGUGGUGGUCUGAUUGAUUACGACGGUCAAAAUUUUGCCAGUCGUAACGACAUUAUCCUCGUCACGCUCAACUAUCGACUUGGUGCCCUCGGCUUCCUAGCUACUGAUUCUAUCCUCAACGGUAAUCAGGCCAUCCACGAUCAAUUAAUGGCGCUGCAAUGGGUCCGCGAUCAUAUUGCAGCUUUUGGCGGCGAUCCCAACCAUAUCACCAUCUUCGGCCAAUCGGCAGGAGCUCAGAGCGUCACAGCAUUGCUCAGUUCCAUCACGCCCAACACGGCCGAGGCGGUUGGAUGCACGACUGAGACAGAAGCCGCGAUGGUUGCGUGUUUGCGUCAGGUGCCGUAUACGUCGCUGAUCGCCAACACAACUGCCCAGCAGGUAGCAACCGCGGUCAGCGGAGCUGUUAUCGGCCCAGGUUACUUCAAAGGCGGAAUCGGUCUUGGUUUGACGGAAUACUACCUGCCUAUUGUCGGUGGCGGCGACGGUGUGAUCGAUGGCCAGUUUGUCGAUCUCUUGUCCCACGGUACGCUGCCAAACAAGGUGCCAACCAUGUUCACCGAAGUUCGCGACGAGGCGUACUUAUUUGUCGAUAAGGUGGCGCCUCCUCUUGGCUCGAGUCAAUUGACGUUGGAUCUUGUGCAACUGGGCGGCUACUCGUUCCUCGAAGCCACGGCGAUGACAAUUUCGGGCCAGUUUAGGGUAAACUCAAGCGCUUCAGAUGGCGUAAGAAACGAACUUGCUGCGAUGCUUACGCAAAGCGAGUUCCUGUGCCCGCACGGAUACAUCUUGGACAACUACGCCAAGGUAUUCCCUCAAGUUUGGCAUGCAGUGCUAGACAAGGGGCAUCCCUUGUCUGACGAUCCCGACUUUUCGCCCGCAAUCUGUAAUGACGGAUAUGUAUGCCACACGGCAGAUCUUUUACCCAUUUUUGGCACUCUCAAUGUCAAGACCAAGGACGCGGUUCCGUAUUACUCUUCGGAUGAGCAUCUGUACUUUCAGGUCCUUAACGAUAUCUGGUCCUCCUUCCUCCGAACACACAACCCAACACCCUCCAAGUCAUACCUGCAGCUGCGCGGUUCGACUUUCAGUGCUACGCUCAACUACUUCUACGGCCAAAGCGCAAGCCUUCCCUUCCAACCUUACAAUACGUACAACGACACCAAUAUUCUGGGUUACGACACACUCCUCCACCGCCCAAGUAGGUGGCAAUCACAAUGCCAGGGCUUCUUCGACAAGUAUGGCUACACUUUCCAGCGUGUUUGA